GCGGCGCGCGAGGUCAGCGCGGGGUCGGCGUGGGGUCGGCGAGUUAGACCCGCGGCGGCUCGGCGGCUCGGCGGCUCGGCCGGGCGGGCGAGGAUGUACACGCUGCUGUCAGGCCUGUACAAGUACAUGUUCCAGAAGGACGAGUACUGCAUCCUGAUCCUGGGCCUGGACAAUGCCGGCAAGACGACCUUCCUGGAGCAGUCAAAAACCCGGUUUAACAAGAAUUACAAGGGGAUGAGUCUGUCCAAAAUCACCACCACCGUGGGUCUGAACAUCGGCACUGUGGACGUGGGAAAGGCUCGCCUCAUGUUCUGGGACUUAGGAGGGCAGGAGGAGCUGCAGUCUUUGUGGGACAAGUACUACGCGGAGUGCCACGGCGUCAUCUACGUCAUUGACUCCACGGACGAGGAGAGACUGUCGGAGUCCAAGCACGCGUUUGAGAAGAUGGUCACGAGUGAGGCACUGGACGGCGUCCCCAUCCUCGUGCUGGCCAACAAGCAGGACGUUGAGGCUUGCCUCUCCAUUCCUGACAUCAAGACUGCGUUCAGCGACUGCACCUCCAAGAUCGGCAGGCGCGACUGCCUGACCCAGGCCUGCUCAGCCCUCACGGGCAAGGGCGUACGCGAGGGCAUUGAGUGGAUGGUGAAGUGCGUUGUGCGGAAUCUGCACCGGCCGCCGCGGCAGCGGGACAUCACGUAAGGACAGCCGGCGACCCCUGGUGCCCACCGUGCAUCCCUGCGUGCUAGAGGAGUUCUGCUGGCUCUGCACCGCUGAUCCUGGGGCUGGGUUUGCUGUGCCCUUUGGUUUUCAUUUGCUUUGUUUUUUCUCUAAGACAAACUUUUCUCUGUGUCCAGAUAAGUGUAGGCAUCCAAGGGCUUCUGCCAGGGGGGCCGGGGCAGUAAGCCAGGCCAGUGCCACACAGGACCCUCACCCGACUCCUACUGGGGCCCAGGGCCCAGGGCCACAUCAGGCCUGGACACCACCAACCGCCCCCCCCCCCCCCAACCAAGGCCCAGGUUGCAGGCCCUGGGGUAAGGCCUUGGCAGGCCAACUCUCCUUUUGGAGCUGCUGCCCCAGCAGGCCAGCAUGCCUGGCACCCAGUGGGGCCUUAGGGGACCCUGCUUGGAAAUAGGGUUUUCCAGGGUGGUGGGGUCCUCUGUGGCUUGCAGGGCGGCUCUGGGUAUCGUGCCUGUGGAGGAAGCUGGUGGGGUCAUGACUGUCUUCAGCCUCUUUCAUCUCUGAUCCUGGCGGUGGGCUGGAGGCCUCGAGGGAGACGUGGCCCUAGUCCCUGCAAGCCAGUAGGGCUGUGGGUUGUGACGCAGCCUCAGGACGGGGCAGGAGAGAUCUGCCUGGGAGGCCGUGUGCCCCCUGCACUGGCCCAGCCACCUCGUUCUGAUCCCAAGCCAGGAGGGGAAGCUAUGUGGUCAUGGUGGGAGUGGGUGCCCCCUCUGAGCCUGCCACCAGUCUAGGAUGACUGUGGUCACCAGCUCGGGUGCAUUCCUAGGUGGGGGUGAGGGGUGGUGUGCCCCUCGGGUCUGGCGUAAGGCAUCUAGAAAUCCCUUUCCAGGCCUAUGCCCAGGAGCAGGGGCCCCCCAGGUGAGGACCCUCCCCACAGCCCCCAUGGGGGCUGGCAACACCCAGUGAGCCGAGCCAUGGACAAAAUAGACAGCUGGAAUGGCUCCUAUCCAUUGUUCCUCUGGAGACCUGGCAGCUUUGUGUCUGAAGGUCAGGCCCCCCAGACUGUUCUCCCUGGUGGGGCGUGGGAGUUGCUGAGGAAGGGAUGAGUCAGGGCUAGGGGUGGAGGCCUGCUGCAGGUGGGAUGACUCAUGGGAAGGCUGUGACCCUGCCUCUCACUGGGGCCCUUCCUUGGGGGUCAGGCAGGGGGCUCCAGGGCUGGUGGAGGGAGGGCUCCCAGAACAAGGGUAAGGCUGAGAGUCCCCCUGGGUGGGUGAGUCAAGCCGUUUUCUGAACCUGCCCCAGAGGAGAAAAGCCUCAUUUCCCAGAAAGCCAGUGGGACACCCUAGGCCUCCCAGGAGGCUUUGGCUGUCCCUUCCUAGGAAAUCCCUGCUGUUUGAAGUGGGCAGAGUCCACGGGAGUGUCAGGUUGAGUGGGAGUCCUGGUGCCCAGGGCCUGCUGGCUGGUGCCCACUGCUCUGGGUUGCCAUCUGUUCUGCAGUGAGAGCCCCUGGGCUUGGCCGCCCACCCUCCAUAAGGCUCUACCUACUGAGCAGGCAAUGGGGGAUUGCAGAGCGGGCCUCACGGACCCCACCGCGCCCCACAGCUGCCACCCACUGUCCAUUGAGGUCUGUCAGAUGGGGGUGGGGCCAGCCUGAGAGUGCUGGACACUCAGGUCGGCUGCCCAGGUCUUUCCCCACCAGGUGUGCCCACUGUGGCCGGUCAGACGCCACACUGACAAAUCCGCUUUAUAAAAAAUAAAGUGACCCAGGAACCAGG